UCGUACGAAGCAACAAAGAAUUUUUCUGUAUCCAAAUGGUGUAGACGUUUCGUUAUAAAGUUUGAAGGCGAACCAGGUAUAACUAUAUCAUUUAGCUGCAUGAGUAUAAGUGAUCUGUUUAUUAAUGGAUACACAAUAAAGUUUCUCCGUGGGAAAAUAGUAAUUGGAAUUGAUAAGCUAUCCAGAGUAAAUAAAGGUAGUGUAGUUUUAAUCUUGUCCUAUAGCAACAGUCUGGACCAGUAGGAAAUGGCCCAAGUAGACCUAUUGCCUGGAGAACAGUUUAGAACUGAUAGGGAUAUCCAGUAUAAAUAAAAUUAGACUGAAUUGAACUGAAAUGAGAAUUAUCUUAAUCGGUCUUGCGAAGGUUAAAAAAUUGUAAAGAACUCAUUGAUGAAAUUGAAAAUGUUGUACUGUAAUUCUUUGUUUCUGUUUUAUUAAGGACUAGAUGCUGGAGGUCUAACCAGAGAAUGGAUUUCAGUCUUGUCCACAGCAUUAUUUGAUUCUAAGAAUGAAUUAUUCACACAGUUUAACAAGGAAGAUAAACAAGCACUGGUAUCGACCUUCAUUCAUAUACCGUAUUUCCUCUAUUUAUCCCUCCUGCGGGCUUAAUUGUAACCAGUAACCAUUGUGUCACCAUCGUCAACGUCCUUUCUUCAUCGUCCUCUCUUCCUUGUUCCUGAUUCCCUACGCUCCUCAGUCCAUCUGAUAAAUUCAUUUUCCUCCAUUCUCUUCGCGUGGCCAUACCAUUUUAGUCUGCUUUCUCGUAUCUUCUCUCUCUGUUCCGCAACCUUCAAUUCCUUCCUUGCAUUCUCUCUCGUCUUGUUACUCCUCUAACAGGUCGUAGACAUCUCAUCUCCACUACCUCCAAUUUCUUCAACUUGUUGUUCCUUCACUGCCCAAGUUUCUGCUCCUUAUACACUACGAUCACCGGUCUUACCAUCGUUUUGUACACCCACGUCUUCAGUCUCAUUGGAACCCGCUUGUCAAUAGACCUGUGUGUCACUAACAACCUUACCAAAUUAUAUAAUUAUGUGUUACAGAUUUAUCCCAACCCGACCAGACCAUCUCGAUUGAAAUUGAAGUAUUAUGAGUUUGCAGGCCGUAUUGUCGGCAAGUGUAUUUUCGAGUCCUCGUGUAGCGCCAUUCGCAGAUUGAAUGUAAAGGCGAGAUUCAUGCGAUCAUUUCUUGCACAACUCAUUGGCCUUCGUGUAAAUUACAAGGUGAGACCACGGUCGACGACGAGAACCGGGGGAAUUUGCCUCGACCGCCAACAAGAUAGGGGACCCCAACUCAGUUCAGAACCGCAGACAUCAGACAUAAGAUCACAAGAUAUACUAACAUCGAAGCAAGUGGAUUCAGUUUCAAAAUUUAAUCUACUUCAUACUUUGUCAAGAUAUGAUGAUCUGGAAGCCCGGCAGACUUCAAAGCCAGAAAAUAGAAGACUUUGUUUGAUGUUGAACUGUACCUCACUGUGCCCAAAUCCUUUCUCUCAACUUCAUUAAAUGUUAUUCAUAGUUGUUAUUCAUUCAAAGCUAUCUCUAUUGGACAAUUACUUCAUUAGACAAAACUACACAGUGACCGUGCACAAACUAACAAAAACUCGGACAAAAAUAUAACACAAUUACUUCUGUUUAGCUUCCAGUCCAUCAUAUCUUGAUAGACUAUGCCUACUUCAACCGACUUGAGCUCUGCUGGUAAUUAAGUAAUCAACUAGCCAUCAAAGCUCGCUGGUUCGAUUCCCACGAAGGUCAAAUUUUUGUUUCGGCUUGUCGUGUGUGGAGGCCCUCGGAAUAGGCAAUUCCAGCUUUUAGUUUAUGCCUGCAGGGGAUGAUGGGAAGUAAGGUAUCAUAUUGCUGAUUACGCUGAAAAAUCUCAAUAAAAACUACCGAAACAACCGAAAUAUUUCAAUAUUUACAAGUAUAAGCUAUCACUCCGUGUUUACACAGCCACCAUUUUUAUUUUUUUAGCAUAAUCACCAAUGGCAAUGUGAUACCUUACUUCCAAUCGUCCCCUGCACGCAUAAACUAAAAGCUGGAAUUGCCUAUAGCUUCAACUAAUGCGCAUACCAUACAGUGAAGCACAAGACAGCUGAUUUUCAGUUUGGUGCAGAAUUUCGUCUUUGUUCUUGGUACACCAUGCAAGGUAAUGUUUUGCAUAUAAUCUUAAACUUCCAGUAUUUCGUUGUAGUAUUUCAAGACGGAUGAUAAGCAGCUGUAUUCAAGUAAGAUAAAAUACAUUCAAGAAGUUGAUCCCGAAGAUCUCAAUUUGUAUUUCUGUGAAGAAGAGUAUGAUAAUGAUGGAAAACUUCUUAAGGUUUGUUAAAAGAUCAUGGUCAGAAUUAGAACUCCUCAUUAUUUUUGUCAGUGGCCGCUGGAGUACAGUAGCUCUGUUAUCACAAAAUUAUUCUUCCUAGAGGUCCAGUAAGGGCCGUCUCUUAUUGAUCUACUGUUACUACUGAAGGAAACGGAAUGCUCGGAGAUAAAUUGCUGUUCUGGUCGAGUCAAACUGGAAGCAGUCUUUUCAGUUCUCAUGACUCGAGAAAGCCAGAAAUAUCAGUUGUCUUUUCAUAUGCCUAUAUAUUGAGUCCGGUACGAGAAUCGAACCUAUGUUCUUAAAGGUAAAAGGCGACUCCUCUUGCAGAAGACUACCAACUUAAGCCUGUGUGCAGUAUCAAUGAUGUUGUAAUUUAUUAUUUUAUCUCCAAGGAAGUUGACAUAAUCCCUAACGGCAGUACGAUAGAGGUGACCAAACACAAUAGAAUGAAGUAUCUGGACGCACUUGCUCAGUAUAAACUAAAUACUCGUGUCUCAGCAGAGAUAGAGGCUUUUAUUAAAGGUAUUACAACUUUGAUUUCGGACUCUUCAUUAUGAGAUCUGGCCAUGGUAUACUUGGGAGAACUAAAUUGCAAGAGCUGAAUUGGAUUACUUUCUCAUCAUUCUGUUUAAGGUGGCUCCAUACACUUUUCAUCAUCGGGGGACUGGUACUUAAUCUUGUCCUAAUGUUGAGUUUUCGCGCGAAAAUAUUAAAAAUAUAUGCAAAAAUAACUUUUUCAGUUCUGAAAUCCGAACCACAAGUCAUGUUUAUUUUGAUGUUUUGAGUCUUCCUUGUUCUCAUUUGUCCUCAAAGAACAAACUUCGUCCUGAUUUUGUUCUGGACAUUGAAUAACUAGUCUUUUUAGAAGACAUUUUAAGGUAAAAAAUGCAAUGUUCAACUUUCAAACUCUUGUGAAAACCGGCGAUCGGCCCGACCGGCGAAAAGUUUUUUACUCCAAUAUUUGGAGAUUUAUAAGUUCAAAUAUCCAAAGUUUUUUGUACUUACAACUGGUAAAUGUAUUCAAAGUGUUACCAACAGCAAAGAAAUUCAGUGAAACAGCAUCUUGCGCCGGCUCAAACUGUUUUAAAUUGUCAACAACAACAUGAAAACACACAAGUUACGACUGUAAACGAAUAUAAAACUACGUAGAAAAGCCAAAAAGUUCAUACAUGUCACACAUAUCUUAUACCAAACGACACAAUCACCUGUUUUCUUGGCGUUAUCCCGAGUUAGCAUGCAAAACUAAAGAUAUUUGUAUUUCUAACAUAUAUUUGAUAUAGUUUCGACGAGACUAAAAACUUUUUUGUGCGUGUUUUUCUGGAGAUGCGCCUGCGAAAACAUGAACGCGCAUGUCAAUUCAUUGAUCUUGCAGAGCUCGAAAAACUUUCGGCCGAGCGAGUGAGAUACCACAAUAAAACGGCGUAAUUCAAAAUUUUGCACGGUGACAUGUGAUGAAAUUUUGCACAACGAUAACUUCUUUUAAAACAAAUAGAAUAACAAAAUUUUAAAAAAAUCUGUAGAUUGGAAAACUCUAAAUCUGCAUUUUUUUAUUCUGGCUUUUCUAAUCUACAGAAUUUUUUUAUUUUCAGGGAUGAGAUUCAGCAUUAAAAGUGAAAGCUAUACAGCAGUAAAAAAUGGGGUGUCACCGGCAAUAUUCGGAAAAUAAAUAAUAAAAACCUGCUUAAAAUAGCAAAAAAUACCAUAUUUGGCAAGACUACUGUUACCAUGGAAACAAUGUUAUGUUCAAGAAUAUUGCAAAUUGUUUCUACCAAAUACUUAAUUUAUACUAGGGAAUGCUUAAAAUUAAUAGAUGAAGUGAUAAAAUUUAUAAAUUGAAAUUUUUACGCAAUAAGGUAUUUAUACUACGGAACUGUAUGGAGCCACCUUAAAUAACAUACAAGAAUUAAUAUAACUCAUGAUGGCCGGCUAACCCAGAUUAGUUUUUGAAGUGUAAAUGUGUCUCAGCCAGGUUCCACCCGGUUAGUUCAUACCUUGUUCCAGAGUAGAGUUCAAACCUUGAGCUUUUAUAAAUUUCACUUUUAGGACUCAACGAACUUGUUCCAGACAAUCUUUUGACCAUGUUUAGUGAACAAGAAUUAGAAGUGAGUGGCCUCCUUCCCUGUUUGGUUAUAACCAUUGACACUGCUGAAGACAACGAAAGAUUCGUUGUCCUGAGCUGGAUUUGAACCCGCACAUCUUUGGCGGGUUUCUAGACCGCCGCUCAAAGAGUUCAAAUACCGCUCGAGACAAAGAAUCUUUCGUUCUUCUCUGCUGUGUCAGAAUAAACUAUGAAUUAUGAAACUAGCUUUUCAUAUCUCUGAGGACGGUUCUGAAAUAGAGUUGUAGCCGUAAGACAUGUAAAUUGAACAUUGAAAUGUGUGAUUUAAAAAAUGCUAAUUAAUAUAAUUUUAAAAUUUUCCACCAUUUAGCUUCUCAUUUGUGGCACGAGUGAUAUCAGUGUGAACGAUCUGAAGAACAACCAUAAUAUCUUUGAUAACCACUCAUCAUUCUCCAAGGCAUGUAAUUUGAGGAGCCAGCCAGUUUCAACUAACUUUUGUCGUUUGCUUGUUUGUUUGUUUGUUUGUUUG